GAAGAGGAGUGGCUGGUUAUCCUACUCCGUCAUCCAAUUCAGCCUUCCUUGAAUCCAGCUUUGGAGCAUUGACACGGCUCUGUUCACCGCUACUUCUCUGAACACAGGCCCAUCGGAUCCAUCAUGGGAAAGGAGCGAUCUUUGUUUUGCUGAGCCACUGUGUUGCAGAUCUGCUGAGACUCUUGAGCUCCAAAGGUGUCAUCUUUGCUUCUGCUUUUCCGCAUUGGCGAAAGAACCCCCAUCUUGGCCACCGUUGCUUCGUGAUGGCCCUUGGAGCGAUCGAAGCGAGUCUCAUCUUCUUCAUGAUCGCUGCGAUUCGAUGCGUUCACUGCACAUUUACCCCCGCAGACAACUACCUGAUCGACUGUGGCUCGUUGACCAACACAACCAUCGGCAGCAGAGUGUUCGUCGCCGAUGUCUCCCUCUCUUCCACCUUGACAACCUCCUCGAACAACUUAGCCAACGCCUCGCUGAGCUCGAUCCCUUCUUCCUAUCGCGCCGCCCUCUUCCAGACCGCCCGGGUCUUCACAGCACCCUCCUCCUAUUCCUUCCAAAUCAAGGCGCAUGGAAGACACUUCAUCCGCCUCUACUUCUUCCCCUUCGUCCACCGGAGCUACAACCUCGCUGCUGCAACCUUCAGCGUCUCGACCCAAGACGUGGCCCUCCUCGACGACUUCCAGCCGAAGGCGAAUGCCACGGCCGUCAAGGAAUUCUCCCUGAACAUAACCAGCGACACUCUCAUCCUUACAUUUGCACCAACAGGAAGCUCUCCCCUUGCUUUCGUGAACGCCAUAGAGGUCGUCUCCGUUCCCGACGAUCUGAUCGGGGAUGCCGCAAAGACUGUCCAACCUCAGGGCACCUACCGGGGCUUAUCAGGGCAGCCAUUGGAGACGAUGUAUCGGAUCAACAUGGGCGGGCCGCAGAUCCUCCCCAACAACGACACCCUGUGGAGAACAUGGGAAACCGAUGGGAAGUUUCUGCUUGCCAGUGGUCUCUCCCAGCAGGUCAUCUUCUCCGGAAGAAUCAAUCAUGUGCUGGGGGGAGCCACCGAGGAGACCGCCCCUGAUGCCGUCUACGCCUCAGCCGCAGAGCUGUCGGAUGCUGCCCAAAACACUUCGAACUCCCUCUUCAACGUCACAUGGCAAUUCGAUGUGGACGCCAAGUCGAGCUACCUGAUAAGGUUUCACUUCUGUGAUAUCGUCAGCAAGGCGGCCGGCGACCUGCUGUUUAAUGUCUACAUCAACACCUGGCUUGCAGCUAAUGAUCUCGAUCUCGCUACCAUUACAUUCCACAGCUUGGCCACAGCUGUCUUCAUGGACUUCGUUGUGGAGGCAGACGUCGGAUCUGAUAAGCUUAGCGUCGGCAUCAGUCCUUCCACCUUGAACGGUGACGUGCAGAACGCCAUUCUCAAUGGCCUUGAGAUAAUGAAGAUCAAUGGCUCCGCUGGUUCUGCCGUGGUCGUCACGCCGCCCGGUUCCAAGAAGCACUUUGGCGUCAUACUGGGCUCGAUCCUCGGAGCAAUCGCGGCGGUGGCCAUCGCCGCCAUAGUUGUUUGCUGGGUCCUGAGGAGGAGGAAGCUCGCGAAGAAGUAUUCCAAGACUUGGGCUCCUUUCUCCAUUAAUGGCUUCACUUCUCACAGCGCAGUAAGCGGGACGUCCAAUGGAACCGUCUUCACGAUCGGGCAGAACGGAAGCCUCGGCUAUCGUUUCUCCUUCGCGGUGCUGCAUGAGGCGACCAACAACUUCGACGAGGAUUGGGUGAUCGGGGUUGGAGGUUUCGGGAAGGUAUACAGGGGAGCGCUGAGGGACGAAACGAGGGUGGCGGUCAAGAGGGGGAACCCGACAUCUCAGCAAGGCCUCAACGAGUUCCGCACUGAGAUCGAGCUGCUGUCGCGCCUGCGCCACCGCCACCUGGUUUCUCUCAUCGGGUACUGCGACGAGAAGAACGAGAUGAUUCUGGUUUACGAGUACAUGGAGAAGGGCACGCUCAAGAGCCAUCUCUACGGCUCCAACCUCCCUCCUCUCAGUUGGAAGCAGAGGCUGGAGAUCUGCAUCGGAUCAGCGAGAGGACUGCACUACCUUCACACCGGUCAAGUCAAGGCGAUCAUCCACCGCGACGUGAAAUCUGCGAACAUACUGCUCGACGAGAAUCUCCUGGCAAAGGUGGCUGACUUCGGGCUCUCCAAGACCGGCCCGGAGCUGGAUCAGACGCACGUCAGCACCGCCGUGAAGGGCAGCUUCGGAUACCUGGAUCCCGAGUACUUCCGGAGGCAGCAGUUGACGGAGAAGUCGGAUGUGUACUCGUUCGGGGUAGUCUUGCUGGAGGUGCUGUGCGCGAGACCGGUCAUCGAUCCCACCCUCCCGAGAGAGAUGGUGAACCUGGCGGAGUGGGGAAUGAAGUGGCAGAAGCGGGGGGAGCUGGAGCAGAUCGUGGAUGCUCGGGUCGCGGGAUCCAUCAAGCCUGAGUCGCUGAGGAAAUAUGGGGAGACGAUCGAGAAAUGCCUUGCGGACUCGGGCGUGGACCGCCCCUCCAUGGGAGACGUCCUCUGGAACUUGGAGUACGUGCUACACCUGCAAGAGGCAGAUGCCGAUGCUUCCCAGGUAGACAGCAUCAAUGGCAUUGCAGAGCUUUCACCACGGCUUCAAAACAUGGAUGCCUUGGAGAGCACACCGGCAAGGGAAGCUGGUACGUCACCGCUCAAUGAUCUGACGGAAGUCUCCAUGAGCAAAGUCUUCUCGCAGUUGAUCAAGUCAGAGGGGAGGUAACUGGAUUAAGAUCUGUCAUCACCAAAGUUGUUUGUACGAGGAUUUGAUCUUUGUAUCCUUUGUUCUUUCUUCUCCCUUGUUUUUCUUGGUGUUAUGUAUACAAGAUUUGUAAUAGUAGCUUCUCGGCGUCGUAUAUGUUCAAUUUGGUUGACUGUUUGCAAGUA